UUUAUGUUUAGGAACAGAAGUAGAAAUAGGAUUAUUAUGGUGUAUAUAAAGAUAGUGAUAGAUGAUUACGAUUUGCAGAAGCUAGAUGACAGGUUGUUGUUCUCCUUGUGGAGCUUGCAAAUUCUUGAGAAGAAAAUGUGUUAGAGGUUGUGUUUUUGCACCAUACUUUUGCCAUGAAGAAGGUGCUACUCAUUUUGCAGCUAUUCAUAAAGUAUUUGGUGCAAGCAAUGUUUCAAAGCUUCUUGCACAUCUCCCUUUGACUGAUCGCUUUGAAGCUGCACUCACAAUUUCUUAUGAAGCUCAAGCUAGACUUCAAGACCCUAUUUAUGGAUGUGUUGCUCAUAUUUUUUCACUCCAACAACAGGUGGUGAGUUUACAAGCACAACUAGCUUAUCUUAGGGAACAAGCAGCUCAAAGAUGUAUCUCUCAUGAAAACCCUAAUGAGAAAUACUUUGGAAAACCUGCUAUUCCACCUCAAGAUCUUCAAAGUUGGAUCCAAAUGGAAAAUUCCAACAUGAAUUCUAAUCAAUUUCUUCCCAACAUGUUCUCCAUUACUAAUCUCUCAACAACACAGUAUUAUGAGAAUACCACUACUCUGAUGGACAUAAACCCUAUUAAUAUUGGAAACUAUGAAAAUUCAGGAACCUUGGAAGAAAGCAUGUCAUCAUUUUCUAGGUUUGAUGAGAGAUGUAAUCACUCAAUUUCCUAUUAUGACAUGGAAAGUGUAUAAUAAAUAACCUUCAGUAAGUGUUUUGUUUAAUCUAUUGUAAUAUUGGUAUUUAUUAUAAUAAUAUAGUGUGUAAUUAAUUCAUAGAGAUAAAA